AUGAACGUGGUGAAAAUCUACAAAGCUCUACAGUCUCUACAGUAUCUCAGUUAUGAUAGGACAACACUGACUACGCUAUCGCCGGCCAUAAGCAAAAUGAAAGCAACGAGUUUAUCAGCAUCUUACUACUGCAAGCAACAACCGAUUUCAGCCGCUGCCAUGACCAAUUUGGGCGGAAACAUGGUCUGGUGGACGAAUAAUGGAUACAAUCCAACAUCACAACAAGUACAAAAUCUGUUCAACACCGCCAGCCAAUUCCUUGAACAGUAUUGAUAUGGGUCAGAAUAUGCCGUUGCAGCAGACCAUUUUUAUGAUAAGAAGAUGAAGUCUAACCUCACUCUAAGCGGUGAUCAGCUUUCAGCUGAUACGAUGACAUUAGCCGAAUACAUCGUGACGCCAGCUACGGACGCUUUGCCCUGA